AUAUUUUUUUAUUAAUAAUUUUUGUAGUCCUUUAUACUCAUAUUUUUAUUAAAAAUGCAGUCUCUUUUGCUUACAUCAUUACGACAUGGAAAAUGUUUUUCAAAUUCUUUAACAUUAGGUUUGGCAGCCUCAUCGUCGAAGAUUUCAUGUUAUCGCAAUUUGUCUACAUCCCAUCCAUUGUAUACUGAAAAUGCCAAAUCUUUUAAAAGGGGAUUUGAACAAAACAUAGUUUUGGUCGAUGGCGUCCGAACUCCUUUCUUACAAUCUUUUACUGACUAUUCUAAAUUAAUGCCACACGAAUUAGCUCGUCAUGCUUUGGUUAAUUUGCUAGAUAAAACAAAUAUUGAUAAAGAAAUUAUUGAUUACAUCGUUUAUGGCACAGUAAUACAAGAAGUUAAAACUUCGAAUGUUGCACGUGAGGCAGCCUUAUGUGCUGGAUUCAGCGACAAAACGCCUGCGCAUACAGUUACAAUGGCGUGCAUUAGCUCGAAUGUGGCUAUCACCACAGGUAUUGGUCUUCUAGCGACAAAUACUUAUGAUGUGAUUGUUGCUGGUGGAGUCGAAUUUAUGUCCGAUGUACCCAUUCGGCAUUCGCGUAAAAUGCGUAGCCUUUUAUUAAAAGCUAAUAAGGCAAAGACUCCAUUACAAAAAUUGGCAUUACUUUCAACUCUGCGACCGAAUUUCUUCGUUCCAGAGCUUCCCGCCGUUGCCGAGUUUUCUUCAGGGGAAACUAUGGGACAUUCUGCCGAUCGUUUGGCUGCAGCUUUUAACGUGUCCCGCAAGGAGCAAGACGACUACGCGUUGCGUUCACACACAUUAGCUAAAGAAGCUCAGGAUAAAGGUUACUUCACUGAUGUGGUUCCAGUUAAAGUACCCGGCAGCACAAAUUUUAUAGAAAAAGAUAACGGUAUACGAGUUUCCUCACCGGAAAAAUUAGCAAAACUCAAUCCUGCAUUUGUCAAGCCAUAUGGCACCAUUACAGCCGCAAACGCUUCGUUCUUGACUGAUGGUGCAUCUGCGUGUGUACUUAUGAAAGAAGAGACUGCAAAGAAACUUGGCUUAAAACCCAAAGCAUAUUUACGCGAUUUCCUAUAUGUCUCACAAGAUCCAAUUGAUCAAUUACUUUUAAGUCCCGCUUAUGCUAUACCAAAACUUUUAAAAAAGACUGGUCUCACGCUUAAAGAUAUCGACACUUGGGAAAUUCACGAGGCAUUUGCUGGCCAAAUUUUGGCGAAUCUUAAAGCUUUGGACUCCGACUUCUUCUGCAAGGACUAUAUAGGACUUAGUGAGAAAUUCGGUGCACCCGAUUUGAGCAAAUGGAACAGCUGGGGUGGUUCACUGUCAAUUGGUCAUCCAUUUGCCGCAACCGGUGUCAGACUUUGCAUGCACACGGCAAAUCGUUUGGUACGUGAAGACGGACAACUCGGUGUUAUUGCGGCUUGUGCUGCGGGUGGUCAAGGUGUUGCAAUGCUUCUGGAGAGAUAUCCUGGUGCUACUGCAGAUUAAAUAUGCAUUUAUUAUGAUUUGCAUCCACAUUCUUCCAUUUGCGUCUAGACAGUGUGGCCUUCAGUAAGACAUUUUAGAAAUUGAAUAUUUAGGCAGUAAAGUGUUCAACAUAAA